UAGCCGGUUGAUUAGCCUUCAGACCUCCAAUGAUAUCACCCCUCUCAUUACGGCUAUUCUACACGGCUAUAGGACUGUAAGCACCAAGCAGCGAAUAUGAUGUGCGAGGUGAUGCCGACAAUCACCGAGGGGGACUCGGGGGGACCUCCCCGGGGUGGAGGGACUCAGAACAGCUCAGACCCCGAAGCCAACUUCGAGCAGCUGAUGGUCAACAUGCUUGACGAGAGAGACAAGCUGCUGGAGUCCCUGCGCGAGACCCAAGAGACACUCAUUCAAUCACAGAGCAAGCUGCAGGGUGCACUGCACGAGAGGGACGUGCUUCAGCGUCAGAUCAACACCGCGCUGCCUCAGGAGUUUGCCACUCUGACCAAGGAGCUGAAUGUGUGUCAGGAGCAGCUGCUGGAGAAAGAAGAGGAGAUAUCUGAACUGAAGGCUGAGAGGAACAACACCAGGCUUCUCUUGGAGCAUCUGGAGUGUCUGGUGUCUCGUCACGAGCGCAGUCUGAGGAUGACGGUGGUGAAGAGGCAGGCUCCUCCCCCCUCUGGGGUCUCCAGCGAGGUGGAGGUCCUCAAGGCCCUCAAGUCCCUGUUUGAACACCACAAAGCCCUGGAUGAGAAGGUGCGUGACAGGCUCCGGGUGGCUCUUGAGAGAGUGACUACACUGGAGGGACAGUUAUCAUCCACAACUCAGGAGCUGACCAAUGUGAGGCAGAGGAAGGAGGGAGACUCUUUGGACAGGAACGACACAUCCAAACCCACCUGGAAGAGGCUACCUAACGGUUCCAUAGAUGCCCAUGAUGACGGCAGCCGGUCGGUGGAGCUGCAGGACCUUCUUGACCGGACCAAUCAGGAGCUGGAUCAGAGCCGUGAGCGUUCGGGCACGCUCAGUACACGCGUGGCAGAGCUGGAGGUGGAGCUAGCCAACACUCGCCGAGAUCUGAGUCGCAGCGAAGAGCUGUCAAUCAAACAACAGAGGGAACAGAGAGAGGGGCUGGCGCAGAGGGAGGAUAUGGAGGAGCGGAUUACAACGUUAGAGAAACGUUACCUGGCCGCUCAGGAAACCACCCACAUCCACGACCUGAACGACAACCUGGAGAACGAACUGGUUACCAAGGACUCUCUGUACCGACAGAGUGAGGAGAAGGUGCGCCAGCUGCAGGAGUUGUUAGAGUUGGCAGAGCAGAGGCUGGCUCAGACCAUGAGGAAGGCUGAGACACUACCAGAGGUGGAGGCAGAGUUGGCACAGAGGGUGGCAGCCCUCACCAAGGCGGAGGAGCGUCAUGGCAACGUGGAAGAGAGACUCAGACAGCUGGAGUCACAACUUGAGGAGAAGAACCAGGAACUGGGCAGGGCGCGUCAGAGAGAGAAGAUGAAUGAAGAACAUAACAAGCGUUUGUCGGACACGGUGGAUCGUCUGCUCACUGAGUCUAACGAGAGACUGCAGCUUCACCUUAAAGAACGCAUGGCAGCACUGGAGGACAAGAACUCCCUGAUCCAGGAUCUGGAGAACUCCCAGAAACAGCUGGAGGAGUUUCACCACACCAGGGAGCGUCUGAUUGGUGAGAUUGAGUUGCUGCGGAACGAGAUCGACCACCUGAAACGCCGGAGCGGAGUGUUUGGAGAUGGAGCACACCCACGGUCUCACAUGGGCAGUGCCAGUGACCUGCGUUUCUCAGGGGUAGAAGGGCAGGACGGAUACUACAGCUCUGCUGUCAUCAGACGGGCACAGAAGGGCCGUCUGGCAUCGAUACGCGACGAACCCAACAAGGUGUGUGCGGUGUGUGAGCAGGACUACUCGUCUCUACGGGGCAGCGUCAGUCACCUCCUGGGCGGUGACAUGGAAGCAGAGUCAGACAUAGAUGAUGAUGUUAGCUCCGCCCUUCUGUCACCCAACGGCCAAUCAGAUGCACAGACUCUGGCUCUGAUGCUGCAGGAGCAGCUGGAUGCCAUCAAUGAGGAGAUCAGGAUGAUCCAGGUGGAGAGGGAGUCAGCUGACCUCAGGGCAGAUGAGAUAGAGUCUCGUGUGAACAGCGGUAGCAUGGACGGACUCAAUGUUACACUCCGCCCCCGAACCAUGCCAACCUCAGCUACAGCCCAAUCACUGGCCUCCUCCUCAUCCCCGCCCACCAGUGGAUGCUCUACUCCCAAACACCACGCCCACAAUGCCAGCCACCAGCUGGGCAUCAUGACCCUGCCGAGCGACUUAAGAAAACACCGCAGGAAAAUAGCAUCUCCAGUGGAGACCCGUGAGGACAAGGCUACUAUUAAGUGUGAGACGUCUCCCCCCUCCUCCCCCCGCAGUCUGAGACUGGACACCAACUUUGCCCAACUCACUGGCAGUCUGGAGGACGGACGAGGGGGUAAAGCGAAGAAGGGCAUCAAGUCGUCUAUAGGUCGUCUGUUUGGGAAGAGCAAGGAGAAGGGCAAGAUUGAGGGAGGAGGUACCCUGGGGAGGGAGGGACAGGCUUUACCUGCCCUGAUGCUAGGAGACUUUGAGAUGAGCAUCGGAGACACCAUGACUCUGGGCAAGCUGGGCACACAGGCAGAGAGAGACCGCAGGAGGAAGAAACAUGAGCUGCUAGAGGAGGCCAGGAGGAGAGGACUGCCCUUCGCCCAGUGGGAUGGACCCACUGUGGUCUCCUGGCUAGAGCUGUGGCUGGGGAUGCCCGCCUGGUACGUGGCAGCGUGUCGUGCCAACGUGAAGAGCGGUGCCAUCAUGUCUGCCCUGUCUGACACAGAGAUCCAGAGGGAGAUUGGCAUCAGUAACCCCCUGCACCGCCUCAAACUGAGACUGGCCAUCCAGGAGAUGGUCUCCCUCACCAGCCCCUCUGCUCCGCUCACCUCUAGAACGUCCUCCGGAAAUGUGUGGUUGACUCAUGAAGAGAUGGAGAAACUGGCUUCCUCCACUAAAGCGGAGAAUGAGGAGGGCAGCUGGGCUCAGACGCUGGCGUACGGGGAUAUGAACCAUGAGUGGAUUGGUAAUGAGUGGCUGCCCAGCCUGGGUCUGCCUCAGUACCGCUCCUACUUCAUGGAGUGUCUGGUGGACGCCCGCAUGCUGGACCACCUGACCAAGAAAGACCUCCGCACACACCUCAAGAUGGUCGACAGCUUCCACAGGGCCAGUCUGCAGUAUGGGAUUAUGUGCUUGAAGAGACUCAAUUACAACAGAAGAGACCUGGAACGUCGUAGAGAGGAGAGCAUACACAACAUGAAAGACGUGUUAGUGUGGACCAAUGAGCAGGUGGUCCACUGGGUCCAGAGUGUAGGUCUGAAGGACUACAGUAACACCCUGAUGGAGAGUGGAGUCCACGGGGCUCUCAUCGCUGUGGACGAGACCUUCGACUACAGCAGCCUGGCUCUCAUUCUGCAGAUCCCCAUGCAGAACACACAGGCCCGGCAGGUUCUAGAGAGAGAGUUCAACAAUGUCCUGGCCCUGGGAACCGAUCGCAGACUGGAGGAGAGUGGGGAUGAUAAGACGUUCCGCCGCUCUCCAUCGUGGCGUAAGCGUUUCAGGGCGCGGGAGGGAGGGGGAGGGAUGGGUAUGAUGGCGGGCUCCAUGGAAACCCUGCCCGCUGGGUUCCGUAUGCCCUCCAUGCCCCUGGUGCCCAGGAAACAGCUGCAACCAGAAGCUCCUCCCCCGGCUCCUCAGAGACUCGAUCCCUCUGCUGUACGGACGUACUCAUGCUAACUCCACUCCACUUACUAACAGGAGCUAACGC